GUUUGCUGGGAAUUAGUUAAAAGUGUUGGUAAUAGUAUUAUUGAAGGGAAAGAAUUGACCAGUACAUGUUUACCAAUCGCUCUAUUUGAAGCUAGAUCAUUUUUAGAAAAGGUUACUGAUACAUGGGGAUUUGCGCCACUUUAUUUACAAAAGGCAUGUGAAACCAAUGAUCCUGUAGAAAGAUUAAAACUAAUAGUCAGCUUUGCAGUUUCUGGGCUUCAUUUAACAACUACCAUUGCUAAACCAUUUAACCCAUUACUAGGAGAAACUUUCGAAUGUGACUUAUCAGAUGGAUCAACUGCAUUCAUCGAACAAAUUUCCCACCAUCCACCAAUUAGCUCAUGGAGAUUACACGAAAAAAAUGGAAGAUACAAGUAUACUGGAAAUGUUUGCUGGUCAGCUUCUUGUCGUGGAAAUGUCGUUAGAGGAUGUUUAAAGGGUCCCCAUAAUAUUGAAUUUGCUGAUGGCUCUACUAUCAAUUUCAACUACCCAGAUGCACUCAUUAAAGGUAUUUUUUGGAGUGACAGAGUAACUGAUUUCGAUGGUAAAAUGAUAUUCACUGAUGAAAAGAAUAUGUUAGGUGCUGAAAUUAUAUUCAAUCCAAAUGCUUUAGGUUUUGUUAGAAGUUUAUUUACAAAACAAAAAUCACCAUCAGAUACUAUUGUCGGUAAAAUAUUUAGACUACAACAAAAUCAUAUCAACAACAUCAAGAAACAAAACAAUAACGGUUUCAACAAUAUUGAUGAGGGCGAUAUCAUUUCAAAUAUUGAAGGUACAUGGCUCACUCAAUUGUUAAUUGAUAACGUCGAAUAUUGGAAUAUCAAAAUGGUUCCAUAUGGUGUAUUAUACAGAGAUCCAGAAACAACUCUCCCAACAGAUUCAUCUCGUCGUGAUGAUAUAAGAUAUCUAAAAUUAGGAAACCUCGAAAAAGCAAAAGAAUUUAAAGCCCUAAUUGAAGAUAAACAAAGACACGAAGCAAAAUUAAAGAAGGAAAGUGAAAAAAAAAAUAAAAAAGAAAAAAACUGA